CUCGCAUGCAGGACGGUCCUCGCUCCCUGGCCGGCAUGCAGGGAAAACUUCACCUAUGUAGAUUUUUGGUCGUAGUUACACGUUAAAAAAGAAGCAUUUAUAAUGAUAAUAAUCCGCCGACAUACGUAGUACCGAGAAUACUAAUAGACACGGCGUGUACUAUGUAUUGUACAGCAUUCUACUCUUGACCCGGGCAGGAUAGUCGACAUCUGUAGCGCCAGACACCUGCAGCAGAGGUACGCCGCCAGCGCUUGCCGCUAGAGCCAGCACGCCGCCAUGCCCGCCGAAAGUAAGAUCUAGCAACUCAUACGUCGUCUUCCUGCUAUUCAAGUUUCGAGGAUUUUUCCAAGUUACAGCUCGACUAAGGACCCUUCAUCUACACCGCAAGCUUCACAAAUGUAAUGAGUGCGCGGAAAUGUGUGUGAGUGAAUGAACUUUAAUCGGACUUUUAAAAAGACUUUCGCCGAAUGAUACGAUCAGUCAAAAUAACGCCUGUGUGACCAAGUCCGUGGGUUUGAGCACGCGCGCCGCUGAAGCUUUGAAGUGCCGGCAAACCAAUAACUGCCACUGUUGACAUGUGUUUUUUAAGAUGAAACGGCUGACACGAUGGCUGAAGAUCCAAUCAAGCAGCUGAUAGAAACCCAAGCCGAGGAAUAUAAACACCAGAUUGAACUCUUAUCAGAAAGAUAUGACGAGCGAGAAAAGAAAAUGUUGACGGAAAUACGAGACCUCCGAACCGAUGUACGAGACCUUCAAACAAGGCUAGAAUCCACCCAAAAAGAAUUGGUUGUAUUGAGAGCCGAACUGCCGAAGCUGAAACGACAGAUUAAGCAAUUAAGUGAUUAUCAGUCUAGCAUUAAAAUCCUAGAAAAGCGUGUCAAUCAUUACGAAGAAAAUAAUCGCCGUGACAACCUCGUUAUCGAUGGCAUGCCCGAAGAUGACAGCGAAACUGUGGAGGAAACCCAAGUCAAAGUCAUUGCCUUGUUAUCGGAGAAGCUGGGUCUCCCCGCGACGACAGCCCUGCAGGCGCGUCGCAUCGGGAAGGGUAGCGCCGGCAAGUCGAGGGCGGUCGUGGUGCGCUUCACCGAACGCCAAGACCGAGAGGCCGCCCUCAGGAAUGCCAGCAAAUUGGAAGGAACCAACAUUUUCAUCAACGAGUAUUUCUACCCGACAGCGAGGAAGCAGCGAGAGGCUCGUCUCUACCAGCUAAAGCAAGGCAGGAGGCCGAAUGGAUCCGUCAUCGCGCCUCUUGCCCAAACUACUUUCCCGCCCAAACUCGAUGCGAAAACUACCUCCCUCCACCCACCCCCAACGCCCGCAGGCCCUGUCACCGGAUCUUCCGUAGAAAUCGAACAAGACAACGACUGCUCGGAGGGUCGGAGUCGCCAGGUGGUGUCCGUGCACGUGGGCCAGGCCGGCGUGCAGAUCGGCCAAGCCUGCUGGGAACUCUACUGUCUGGAGCACGGCAUCUACCCUGACGGUGUGCCGUAUAAUGACUAUGGCGACGGCAAUCUUGACCCUUUCUUCUCUGAAACGAAGGAGGGGCGAUACGUGCCCAGAACGCUCUUCGUUGACCUCGAACCAUCUGUUGUGGACGAGGUGCGGCAUGGCGUGUAUAGGGACCUCUUCCGUCCCGACGACCUUGUCACUCACACCGAGGACGCAGCCAACAACUUCGCCCGCGGCCGAUACAGCGUCGGACAGGAGGUUGUGCGCAAAGUCCUUAACCGGAUAAGGAAGCAGGCGGAAGCAUGUUCUGGGUUACAGGGUUUUAUGUUUUUUCAUUCCUUUGGCGGAGGCACUGGGUCAGGUUUCAUGUCGCUGUUAUUAGAGAAAGUGAUGGAAGAGUUCACAAGCCCCAGUAUGCUAAGGUUUUCAGUUUUCCCCUCACCCCGUAUGUCCACUGCUGUCGUUGAGCCCUACAAUGCUGUGUUGCAUGCCUCCACCACCAUGGAAUAUGACCAUUGUGUCUUUGUGUUUGACAAUGAAGCUACUUACAACCUGUGCAUCAACAAACUACACGUCGGUCGUCCAAAUUACAAUAACCUAAAUCAUCAUGUUGCACAGGUGGUGUCUGCAUCAACUGCUUCCCUUCGCUUUGAUGGAGAUCUUAAUGUUGAUCUUAGAGAUUUUAAAACUAAUCUUGUGCCACUGCCACGUCUUCACUUCCCAAUAGUUACAUAUGCACCUGUUAUAUCAGCUGACAAUGCAAAUCAUGAACAACAGUCUGUAGCAGACAUGACAAAUGCCUGUUUUGAUUCUUCCACUCAAAUGGCUACUUGUGACCCCAGCAACGGCAAAUACAUGUCAUGCUGUCUAUUGUAUCGUGGUGAUGUAAUACCUAAUGACGUCCAGAGAGCCAUAGCUGCUAUCCGAGUCAAGAAGACCGUCCAGUUUGUCGAGUGGUGUCCAACUGGAUUCAAAUUGGGCAUCAAUUCAGGCCCCCCAACUGUAGUUCCAGGAGGAGACUUGGCAAAGACAAACAGAGCCGUGUGCAUGUUAGCUAACACAACUGCCUUCAGGGAGGCAUGGGCACGUGUAAAUCUCAAAUUCGAUCUCAUGUAUAGCAAGCGGGCCUUCGUCCACUGGUAUGCUGGUGAGGGUCUUGAGGAAGCAGAACUCUCUGAGGCUCGUGAGAACAUGGCCCAGUUGGAGAGGGAUUAUGAAGAGGUGGAUGGCCAUGAUGAUGACUUAAUGGACAAUCAUGAAUUUUAGCUCAUUAUCAAAAUAUAUAUCACAGGACAAUAAAUUACAAAACAAUAUUUAGUAAUGUAUCUCCUUUGUUAACCCAUAUUUGAUUAUUAUAAAGUAAAUUGAGUUGUACCACUAAAAUCGCUGCAUCAGUAAUUAUCUUAGCUAUAUCUUGCAGCAAUUUUUCAUGUAGAGUUGUGAUAAUGUGGUAUAAAAAUACUUUAGAAUAAUGGCACAAGUUGCUUAACAAGUGGGGCUGUGCCUCACUGCAUAUAUUUAUCACAUUUUAUUAUCAAUAUACAGAACAUUCUUCAGUGGUUUGGAAAUCAAGAUGCAAAUAAUAUCACUUAUUAAAUAUUUUAUUUUCAAAGGAAAGAAAUGUACAAAAUGUAUUUCUUUUAAUGAUACAAAAUCACCCAAUGAAAAAGUAAGUCUAACCUUUUCUAGUGUACUUAACUGAACAUUUGUGUAGGUGCUUAACAACACAGAAAGAUAAACUGUUAUUUGAACUCAGAUUAAAAAAGUAUAUACUUCAAAAUUAUAUUAAACAAGUUCCUCCUUUUAUACAACACAUUUUCUGCAAACCUAUAAGAAUACAGUAUAAAUAAAUAAUACAACAUAUCAACUUAAUAGAUUGAAUUUCACUUUUUGGUGUUGGAAUGGCUUUAGAGUUUAAUUUUUCUCUAAGUAGGAGAAUUUUUUUCACAAUCUUACAUAUCAUUCAACAUACAAUCAAGACAUAAAAUUAUCACUAGAUAGCUUUUGAAUCAUUAUUAUGGUAUAAAUGAUCUGAAAGGAGCUUCCUUUAA